CGUCAUUGUAAACCCACAUUGGAAGCAACGCCGGAGCUGUCGACACUUUCAUCGCCGGAGCUGCGUGAAAACUAGGUAUGAGGAGCGGAAAGGUGAUGGCGCGAAGAAAUUCGUUGUAUUCGUGCUGAUGUCUCAUUCGUUGCAUAAUAUCAAGAUUAGCGUACGAAAGGUAGCUACCUCGCAUUUAUGUCGUAUUUCGUGAUGAUGGCGCCACAGGUCUAGGAUACGUGUAUAAGAACUGAAAGAUUCUCGCCCUCAGGAUCACACCUCAAGGCUACGCCCGAGCAAUCCACAAUGUCUCUCCGGUACAACAAAGUCCUCAUCAUCGGCGCCACGUCAGGCAUCGGCCUCGCCUACGCCGAGAAAGUGAUUGAAGAUGGUAAACAAGCCAUCAUCGUCGGCAGACGAAAGGAAAACCUCGAUGAGUUCGUCUCCAAGCACGGCAGCGACAAAGCUUUCCCCAUCGUCUUCGACAUUACCGACCUCUCAUCCAUUCCGAAGUUCGCGGACGACGUAACAGAAGCGCACCCUGACCUAGACUGCGUCAUCAUCAACUCUGGCAUCCAGCGCGGCUUCAACUUCGCAAAGCCCGAAACAGUCGACCUGGGAGUGCUCCAGCUCGAAUUCACCACAAACUACAUUUCCUACAUCCACCUCACCAAAGCAUUCCUCCCCUUUCUGCAGAAACAAGACAAAGAGACCGCACUAGCCUUCAUGUCCUCCGGCCUCGCUCUCGUCCCAUUGAUCUCGCGGCCCAACUACUCGGCCACCAAGGCGGCGCUGCACCACUUUGUGCUGUCGCUUCGCGAGCAGCUCAAGGACGGGCCUGGGCAGAUCAAGGUGGUGGAGAUCUUCCCGCCGGCGGUGCAGACGGAGUUGCACGACGAGAAGCACCAGCCGGAUAUCAAGAAUGGGCGGCAGAUGGGGAUGCCGCUGAAGGAGUUCACGGAGGAUUCGUGGGCGAAGCUGGUUAAAGGGGAUGAGCAGGUUCCGGUCGGAUUUGUUGAAAAGGUAUUUGAGAACUUUGAGGGCAAAAGGCAGGAGGUUUUUGCGUUUAUGACGAAGCAGGUGAAGGAGGGGGGCCACUGAGUGGUGAUCUGUGAAAGCAGAGACGCGGUGGGGAAUCUACCUAGCGUUAUCAGAUGAUGAAGCCUUGGAUGAUACCGAGGUACCAAUUCCUCAAGCUCG